AUGGCAAACAAAACCCACUACGAGCUCCUGGGCGUGACGCCCGAGGCCACCCUGCAGGAGAUCAAGAAAGCCUACCACCGCCUCGCCCUCAAAAUUCACCCUGACAAGAACCCGAAUGACGCGAACGCUAACACAAAAUUCCAGCAGCUGCAGCAGGUGAUGGAGACGCUCUCCGACCCCGACUCACGGCGCCCCGACACAAUAGUUCCCCGCCGCCCCGACACACAGAGGGCGCCGCCGCUGACCCCCGCCGCCCCGCCCAACACCCGGGUCACCUUAUCAAAGGAUCUCACGUGGAAGGAACUAAUUUAA